CUGCUCCACUCUCAUUCGCUUUGCUAUUUCGGUCUCAUUCACUCACUCACUUCUCUUCACUCACUCACUUCACUCACUUAAAAAACCUCUCUUUUUUUUUUCUUUCAUCAUUAUAACAACAAACCCACCCUCUUCUAUGGACUAUCGCCGGAAAUUCGAAUUCCGGCCACGCUUCGGCUAAAUGCUCUUUCCCCCGGAUCCCGACGACGACGACGAUGACGUAAAAUCGUGAUCGUGAAUCGUGAUCGCCCCUUUUUUAUUACACUCUCAUUUGUUCUUCACUGUCACUCGCAAUGGCGGCGACGAACGCCGGCGUGGCGGCGGCGGACUCGGCCGCUUCCUCGGACGAGGCGGCGGCGAAGACGGCGCAGAAGCGCUACGAGGGGCUUCUGAUGGUUCGAAACAAAGCGAUAAAGGGUAAAGGCGCAUGGUACUGGACGCACCUCGAGCCUCUGCUGGUUCACAACACCGAAACGGGACUCCCCAAAGCGGUGAAACUCCGUUGCACCCUCUGCGACGCCGUUUUCUCCGCUUCCAACCCUUCCCGCACCGCCUCCGAACACCUCAAGCGCGGCACGUGCCCCAAUUUCAACUCCGCCGCCAAACCCAUUUCCUCUGUUUCCCCUGUUCUUGUUUCUUCUUCCACUUCUCCUCCUUCUGCUUCUCCCUUUAACAACCGCAAAAGAACCACCACUUCGCCCUCAGCUUCGGGUUCAGGCUCGGGUUCUCUCUACCACGCACCCUCUCGGUUUGGAAUAGGUUUGAUUCCUCAUCAGCAGCAGCAGCAUUUGAAGCUAUCUGGUGGGAAAGAGGAUUUGGGAGCUUUAGCUAUGUUGGAGGACAGUGUGAAGAAGCUCAAGAGUCCCAAAACUUCUCCUGGGCCCACUUUGAGUAAGGCCCAAAUCGACAGCGCGAUUAAGUUUCUCGGCGAUUGGGUCUACGAGUCGUGCGGCGCCGUCUCUUUCUCGAGCUUGGAGCAUCCAAAGUUUCGAGCUUUUCUCGCGCAGGUCGGUUUGCCGCCGGUGUUUCCGAGGGAGUUCACCGGUACGAGGUUGGAUGCGAGGUUCGAGGAGGCUAAGGUUGAGUCCGAGGCAAGGAUUAGGGAUGCGAUGUUCUUUCAGAUUGCGUCUGAUGGAUGGAAGUGGAAGAGGGAGAGGGAGAGUUAUUAUGAUUAUGAUGAUAGCAAUUCGGGGUUGGUGAAUUUGAGUGUGAAUCUACCGAAUGGGACCAGUUUGUACAGAAGGGCGUUGUUUGUUACUGCUUCUGCGCCUUCAAAGUAUGCGGAGGAGGUUAUGUGGGAGACAAUCACUGGCAUUUGUGGGAAUCUCGUGCAACAGUGUGUUGGGAUAGUUGCAGACAGGUUCAAGGCCAAGGCCUUGAAAAAUCUCGAGAAUCAGAAUCAUUGGAUGGUUAAUCUAACUUGUCAGUAUCAGGGUUUCAACACUUUGAUCAAGGACUUCGCCAAGGAGCUUCCUUUGUUCAGGACCGUCGUUCAGAAUUGUCUCAAGCUAGCCAAUUUGUUCAAUUACACCUCUCAGGUCAGGAACAGUUUCCACAAGUACCAGCUGCAGGAGUAUGGCCACACCUGGCUGCUCCGGGUGCCUGCUCACGAGUUCGAAUUCGGACUGCCCGUGUGUGCUAUGAUGGAGGACACUUUGAGCUCUGUCCGCGCCUUGCAGCUGGUGCUCAUGGAUGAGCCUUUCAAGAUGGUCGCCAUUGAGGACCAGGGCGCGAGGGAGGUCGGGGACAUGAUUCGCGAUGUGGGGUUUUGGAAUGACUUGGAGGCUGUCCAUGGUUUGGUUAAAUUGGUUAAAGACAUGGCUCAGGAGAUUGAGGCAGAGAGGCCUCUGGUUGGGCAAUGCCUUCCCCUUUGGGAUGAGUUGAGGGCAAAAGUUAAGGAUUGGUGUUCAAAAUUCCACAUUGCAGAAGGGGUUGUGGAGAAGCUUGUUGAGAGGAGGUUCAAGAAGAAUUACCACCCUGCUUGGGCUGCUGCUUACAUUCUUGAUCCGCUUUACUUGGUGAGGGAUACUAGUGGGAAGUACCUUCCGCCAUUUAAGUACUUGACACCGGAACAGGAGAAGGACGUCGAUAGGCUCAUAACUAGACUCGUUGCAAGAGAUGAAGCGCAUAUCGCUCUGAUGGAGCUCAUGAAGUGGAGGACGGAAGGGCUCGAUCCGGUUUACGCCCAAGCUGUUCAGAUGAAGGAGAGGGAUCCGGUCACUGGGAAGAUGAGGAUUGUCAAUCCACAGAGCAGUAGGCUUGUGUGGGAAACUUAUUUGACUGAAUUCAAGUCCUUGGGGAAAGUUGCAGUGAGGCUCAUAUUCCUUCAUGCAACCUCAUGUGGCUUCAAAUGCAAUUGGUCUUUGUGGAGAUGGGUUUGUGCACAAGGUCACCACUCUAGGAAUGCACUCAACAAGGUGCAGAAAUUGAUAUUUAUUGCAGCUCAUUCCAAACUCGAGAGAAGGGAUUUUUCCAGUGAUCAAGAUAAGGAUGCAGAGCUGUUUACCUUGGCAAAUGGUGAGGAUGAUGUGUUAAACGACGUUCUUGUUGAUACAUCCUCAGUGUAACAUUUUUUUUCUUCUUUUUUGCCCUCUUUUUUUUUUAAAUAAUUUUUGGGUUAAUUAAUCAGUUAGGAAUUUUAAUUUUUUAGGAUUUAUUGAAUUCUUUCCACUACCCUCUUCUUUUUCAUGUCUUCUUCUUCCAUCCUUCUUUUUUUUUACCACUCCCUUUGCAUUUUGAACACUCACUGGAAGGACUUUGAGCAAUUCUUCAUCUUUCAUCCUGGCUUGAUCAUUAAGUUGUUAAAUAUGGGAAAGCGGGAAAGAUUGUAACGCCAGAACUGGAAGGAUGUUGUAGAAAUUUUAUUCCUCUUGUAGUUUUGAGAUAAAUAAUAUUUGUAUAGGGGAAGUUUUUAUCGAUUCUCCUUUAAUUUUAA